GUGGAGGCAGACGGUACUGACGGGUCAAGGGAAACGGUGUGUGGGGGGAUGUGUUGGAACAACGGCAGGUGUCUGAUGUUUACCUGGAAUUCUGUUAGCAGCGUGUAGGAUUUACCUGAGUUCUGUUGGAACUGUGUUGAACGUUUUUGUUUACAAAUUUAAGGAUUUAGAAGAACAAAACGCAGAUUUACAACUCGAUAUUUUGGUGGUAGUUUUGUGCCAGAUUGUAACUUAGGCCUUACGUUUAUUUUAUGGGCAUAGUUUGGUGAAGUGAUUCAAGACUCCCGACUCUGUGACGCAACACUGACGCAACACUGACGCAGCAAUGACUCGCUAAACAGUGACCACCUCAAAAAAUGCUCAGACGUUACUUCACCGUUUUGUUUUCGCCCCGCUCCCCUGGCGCAUGCGCAACACGGAUCGUCCUGCUGAUCACCACCGUAGUGGUCCUGUCGUUUGCCCUGGGUCUCAUCCACACGCCGACCACGAAGAUCGUCGAGAAAGAGCGAGAUUUGAACCCGAACUCUAAACCUUUCAUCCCGGACACGGCUCCAUAUUUCCCCGUCGACCAACCCGUCGUGGUCCGGUUUACAUCGAACUUGACGAGACAAAAUGGCGGGAAAAAAGAAGCGUGUCCGCUUCCACGUCUGGAACUCCAUGACCCCGCCAUCAUGUCGUUCUACGUCAAGCACCCACGGAUAAAGUGCGACGUGGAGCCGAACUGGGUGCUUCUGCAUGCCGGGCGCUUCAUCAUCCUGCCCGAGGCCGUGGAGAAACACGGCAAGAUCGAGUGCGACCUGUACCCUGUCGUCAAAAACAGCGAUUUUAAAGUGGACGAGCAGGCGCCGCUACGUAACGUGGCCAAUGGGACACGGUUUGAGAAUGAUUUUUACAGGAUUAGCUGUGUCGCUAAGGACGGCGCCAAGUAUGAGAACUAUCACGCCGGCAUCAGGUAUGACGAGAAAGUCCAGUCCAGACCAGUUCCAGAGUCCAAGACAGGCCUGAAUCUUGACGUCAUCAUGAUAGGGCUGGACUCGACGUCACGGCUGGCGUGGAGGAGACACUUGCCCCUGACCAGGGACUACUUCACGAGUACUCUAGGUGGAGUAGAGUUAGAGGGCUACAAUAUUUUGGGAGACGGCACCCCAGCCGCCAUUAUGCCGAUAUUGAUUGGCAAAAGGGAGGAGGAGUUGCCGGAAGCAAGGAGAGGCUACUCUGGUGCCAAGCCGGUGGAUAGCUUCCCCUGGAUCUGGAAGGAGUUUAGGGACGCGGGGUACGCUGUUGCAUGGGGGGAGGAUGAUGCUCAUCUUGGGACCUUUCAGUACAGGUUGCUAGGCUUCAGUGAACAGCCCACGGACCACUACUACCGCUAUUUUAGCCUGGCCCUAGAGCCACAUUACAAAGAUAACAAACCAUUCUGCGUGGGUUCCCGGCCCAGGCAUCUAGUCCUCCAGGACUACAUGAGAGAAAUGUAUUACAUGUACCCCAACAGGAGGAAGUGGAUUUUUUCCUUCCAGAGCGAGUUGUCCCACCAAGACAACAACAACCUCUCUAAGAUGGAUGAUGAUUUUUAUGAGCACAUCAAGAGACUGCAUGAGGAAGGUUUUCUGGACAAUGCUAUUCUGAUAAUGAUGGCUGACCACGGGGCAAGAUUCAGCAAAGUAAGAGCCACUGCACAGGGCAAACAAGAAGAGAGGCUGCCUUAUUUUGGCAUCAGAUUUCCUGAGUGGUUUAAAAAGAAAUAUCCUGAAAUCAUCCAGAAUGUGUUGAAAAAUUCCAAACGGUUAACUACCCCUUUUGAUAUACAUGAAACGUUCCAUGACAUUUUGAAUUUCACUGGGACUGGACCAGCUGAUAUUAGCAAGAGGGGUGUCAGCUUAUUUAAAGAGAUCCCACCAAAUAGAGAUUGCAGCUCGGCUGAAGUUGACCCCCACUGGUGUGCUUGUAUGGAGUGGGUGGACUUGAAUAUGAAAGACCCAAUCCUAGACAGGCUGACAGAGAAGAUUCUGGAGACAUUCAACAACUACACCGAGCCUCAUAGAGAUCUGUGCGCUAAGUUGAGCAUUGACAAGCUCAUCUCUGCCAAGGCUCUGAAAGUGAUGGAUGCUGUUCUCAAGUUCAAGGACACCAGUGAUGGAGGUAGAGGGCGCUUUGGGAAGAUGGAUGACACUACACAGCACACUUCAAUUCUUUAUCAGAUAAUUUUCCAGACGACCCCAGGUGCUGGUUUGUUUGAGGUGACCUUGACCCACAGGUUGAAAGAAGACCAGAUUAUUCUAGAGAAAAAAGAUGUGAGCAGGGCCAACAAGUACGGCAAUGCAGCCGCCUGCAUUGAAACACAAGAUGCAUUCUUACGACCUUACUGUUACUGUAAAAGUACUUAACUAAUUUGAGUGAUACACUUGUGGAGAAAAAUGAAGUACUAUAAAGGCAAAAACUGAUGUGUGUUUAGAUUUAAACCAUCUAAUUUUAAACUGACAAUAGUUAAGGUUAGAAUGAGGAAUGGUUAAUCAAGUUGGAUUAUAAUCCUUAUUCAUCCAAGAGAAAUCCACCGUCUAAAAUUGAUGUCAUAUAAAAGUGCCAAGACGCAAUCCGGACUGAUUGCUUGAUGUAAAAUAUGCUUUGUGUGACUGAUUGUUUAUGUUGGGGGUCAUACUUAAUUGACGCCACCCUCCAGCAGGGGUGGGUGGGAGGGAAUGUAGGACUUUAAAGAUUAAGUUUGGGGGGUGGGGGUUGAUUUAGAAAAUGUGGUUUUACAUUUUCAUUAAAAAAAAUUAGUAAAAAAAUUAAAUUUAAUUUUUAGCAAUUAAUUUCAUAUAUUUCAAGACCUGUUUCAUAAAUUGUAAUAAUGAAUAGGUCAGUACACCUUACAUUGACACCAGUGUGUAUUUAAUAGAGACAUCUCUGAUUCACAGAGAAAUUGCAAUCUGGUUGGUGGGUUAGGUAGGAUAUGUAAUUGUGGGUUUUUUUUUGGGGAGUGGUUGACUUUUUAAGUGACAAAAAAAAGCUUGAUGUGUUUUAUCGAUGACCCUGUAUUAAAUGGCAUACAUGUGCUAACUUAUGCUUCCGGUAGUAAAAGGCGUACACGUGUUAGCUUAUGCUUCCAGCAUACAACAGCAUUAAAUAAACUUUUGUUCUCGCUAGUGUUACUGGUCUUAAAAGGUAACGGUCGAAAUCAGGGUACAAAUGUCUUGUUCAUUGUAGUAUUUGUAGCCUUUACUUUUUAGGUUACUGUUGUGUUCUAAGUAUAUAUGUCACCUCUAAGUGAGCCAUCACCUGUUGAACUGUCUUCAUGUUGAUUUUAGCCACUAUUGGGUUACCACUGUGUUCUGGAAUCUGUUCUCAGUUGGAUUUGGACAUUUACCCCCA